AUGUUGUCUAUUGUCGUUAUCAUUUAUAUUUUAUUAAUUCAACAACCUUAUCACACUAAUCAAUUAGAGACAAUUCAAAUAGCUUUAGCUAGUACUGUCGAAUUACCGUGUACAGUCGGUCAAAAUAGCGAACCGGCAAAUCCUGCAAAGAUCAUCUGGAUUCGUGAUGAUCGAGCAGAUAUUGUCAGUCUUGAUUCAGUUAUAACAGUAAGAGAUCGUCGUUUAAGUAUUCUUACAAUGGAUAGUAUUGAUCGUGAAGAACGUAUUUUACGUAUAACUAAUGUUGAAGAACAAGAUCAAGGUUUAUAUCGUUGUGUACGUGGUGAUAUUACAUUAAAUGAAAUACUUCUUGAUGUACUCAUACCACCAAGAAUCAUUUCUCAUUCACCGGAACAUAUGCGUAUGACAGUUCGUGAAGGUCGAAAUGCUCGAUUUUCUUGUACAGCAUCCGGACGACCAGUACCCGUUAUUCUUUGGCAUGUCAAUGGUCUAUCGAGGCCAGCGACAGUUACAACAAUUACGGGUAAAAAUGAGAGCAUUCUCAUCUUACGUAAUGUUUCACGGUUUGAUUCGGGUCGAGUCGAUUGUUCAGCAAGUAAUACAUUGAGUACUGUCAAUCGACAAUUUCUUCUUCAUGUUAAAUAUAAACCGACAGUUACAGUUCCGUUUCAUUUAUCUUAUUUCCGUUUAUAUGAUUCAGCAACAAUUACGUGUCGUGCUUGUUCAAUACCAUCACCGAUAUUGUUCGAUUUUUUUCGUCCAAAACAAGCAACUCCUAUAAUGAAUGGUGUUAAAGAUAAAUUUGACGAAUUUGUUAAUCAAACAUGUCGACAAUUAACAAUAACUUUAUAUUUAAGUGAUUCAUCAUUCUUUGGAGCAUAUGUAUGUCGUGCUAGAAACUCAAUUGGAGUUUCUCAUGCAGAAUUUAUUCUUAAAGAAUUAGUUCAAUCAACUAAACAUAUGAAAUAUAUAACAGAAAGUCGUCCUUCAACAACAUCAUCAUUGGUUAUUACAACUGUAUCUUCUGCAAUAAUAAAUACUGAUGAUGAUGAUCAUGGUGAUGAAUCAUCUAAACGUCAUAUUGAAUCUUUAUAUAAAUCAUCAAAUACAAUUGCAACAGGAGUAAUAACUCAUAAAAAUCAAGCAUGUCAAUUGUCAAUAUCGUUUUUAUUAUUAAAACUAGUUUUGUUUAUUAUUAGUCAAUGUUGA